AAUACAGAGAGAUAGAGAGAGAAAGAAAGCAAAGCUACGAAUAAAGCCAUUUUUCUCUCUCUAGAUUCUGGGAUCUGAGAUUAAUGGUCAAACGAUUUUAGCUUCAAUCAACGAUCGUAAUAACAUCAUAAUCCUUCGGAAUUGGAGGUUUCAAUAAUCCUGGAGCCCAUGCAGCUGAAGUGUUUAGAAAGACAACAAAUUUUAACAGAAAUGUAUGACCAUUUUCGCUAGCCAUAUCACCACAAAGAAUUGUUUAAGAGACACUAGGAUCUGAUCGAGAUGAAAGUGGUUUACAAUUUUUUACCAAGGGCAAGACCACUUUCCCUCACUCUGGCUAGCCUUAUUGCUGUUACUAUAUUACUUUGGGCAUUUGAGAGAAAUCCUUUUGGCACUAUUUUACUAUCAACCCAAGAGCGGUACACAACGUCUUCCGCAGAAUUUAUUGCAGAACCCACCGACAAUUCCUCAAACUCUACGAAGACAAACGAUAAUAUUGAUGACAAAGGUUCAAAAUGGAUUAUAAUUGAAGAAGUAAAUAAUGCGGUAGAAAAUUCAAGUGUUGCAGUGUUGGGGUCUUCACCCUCAUUGUUUUCUGAAAAGCAAAAAAGUGAUGGAAAUGUGGCAUCGUCUUCCACAAAUAAAGUUUGUAACUAUGCCAAGGGUAGAUGGGUAGCAGACAGCAGUCGGCCAUUGUAUUCUGGGUUCCAAUGUAAGCAGUGGCUAUCAGAAAUGUGGGCAUGCAGACUGACACAGCGAUUUGAUUUCUCUUACGAGGGAUAUCGAUGGCAGCCAGAAAAUUGCAAUAUGCUAAAGUUUAAGAGGUCUUCAUUCUUGAGAAGAAUGCAGAACAAAACAAUUGCUUUUAUAGGAGAUUCUUUAGGUCGACAGCAGUUCCAGUCUUUGAUGUGCAUGGCCACUGGAGGGGAAUAUAGCCCUGGGGUACUAAAUGUGGGAAAGGAAUAUGGACUCAUCAAAGCUCGUGGAGCCAUUCGUCCUGAUGGUUGGGCUUACCGAUUCCCUAAAACCAAUACCACCAUUCUAUAUUAUUGGUCAGCUAGUCUUUCGGAUCUGGUGCCCCUUAAUGCCUCUGACCGAGCCUCUGAUAUCGCCAUGCAUCUGGACCGUCCACCAGCUUUCUUGAGAAAGUAUCUCCAUCGUUUCGAUGUAUUGGUUCUCAACACUGGACAUCAUUGGAACAGAGGGAAGCUGAAGGCAAACCGGUGGGUGAUGCAUGUAAAUGGAAAGCCUAACGAAGAUAGAAAACGUGCAGAAAUUGCGAAUGCCAAGAAUUUUACGAUACAUAGUAUUGUCAAGUGGGUUGAUUCACAGCUUCCCUCGCAUCCUCAUCUCAAAGCCUUCUUUAGGACUAUCUCACCAAGGCACUUCCUUAAUGGUGAUUGGAACACGGGGGGUAGUUGUGAUAGCACAACUCCGUUGUCUAGUGGAAGCGAAGUGGUUCAAGACGGUUCGAGGGAUUCGGUUGUUGAAGGUGCUUUAAAGGGUACGAAGGUAAAGAUUUUAGAUAUCACUGCCCUGUCUGAACUGAGGGAUGAAGGUCACAUCUCCCGCUACAGCAUUAGAGGAACUCCUGGCGUAAACGACUGUUUGCAUUGGUGCCUACCUGGGAUUCCCGACUCGUGGAAUGAACUACUUAUCGCACAACUAUAGGGCUCGGACGCAUCAUCCAGGCAAUGCAGAUGCUAAAAUCUAGAGAUGGAAAAUGGUAGAUAUUCUUUUAUGGUACAAGGUACCAAUUCUUUUCAGAAGUAUGAUUCUUUAUGAAACUUAAUUCCAGCUUCUCACUGAUCAAAUAGAAUAGGUAGAGCAGCACCUAGUAUUUUUAUUUGUGAAUUGAAUUUUCUAUAUCAGUUUUUGCAUAUAGGUGUACAAUCUAAAAAAAAGAAAAAAGUUUUCAUAAGAAUAGAGAAGCAUCGAUUGCUGCAGCUUUACCCUAAGACCGGAAUGUUGCUAGCUGUUCUAUAGAUGCUGUCUGUCUUGUUGCCAGCUUUACCCCAAGACUCAAUUACGAAAUUUCUCUCCAGUGCGGAUUAUGUACCAUUGAGAGUGGAUCCAAGUUUUGUUUCCAUUUUUUUUCUUUAAAUAACAUUCUAGAUUCUCUACAAAAGUAUAUUUAUGUAUAUCAGGUUCGGAUUUCAUCCAGAGACGAAAAGUUUCUGGCUUGUAUUGCUCGUUGUAAUUGUAAUUUAUUGGUCAAAAUUUGUCCUGCUCUUGUACAAUUUUAAGAUGGCAAGAUAGAAGAUCUUUAUCUAUUUUGGAACUGUAUCUCCUCAAAAAGCUGUUAUUAUAAUGCCUCAAGAGGAGGAGAAGAAUGUAGCCAACAAUCUAGUUGGAUUUUCCACAGGAUCACUUGAGAUGUUUUUUGUGUAUGUUUUUGGCCAGAGACUCGAACUGAUAAUAUUAGCUUUCUCAACUGGA